CCUCAGACGUCUCAGAAGAACCAUGGCCAUGUACAGCCGCUCCUGCUCCCGCUCCUGCUCCAGCUCCAGCGCACCGCGACUCGUCCUCCUGGCACUGCUGGGCCUGUGCGUGGCUCUCUCACAGACAGAAACAGUUGCUGAUCCUAACCCCACACUACAGAGUGAUAACCAGGACACGUUGUCUGGUGGAGGAGCCUUAGAUGUCACCACCAAGGACCCCUUUCAGGAGCUGACGGAAAACGCCUUCACCUUUGACUAUGAGGACAUGACACACCCAACAGUUGUGGAUGAGGAUGAAGGUGUUUUAGGGCCGGGUGCCAUCACUGCCAUCGUCAUCGCUGUGUUUUUGGGGGCGUCUGUGCUGUUGGCACUCAUCGUCAUCACACUCAGGAAGUUCACCGCCUCCUAGACAGGGAUCCCCUCCGUGCUCUCAGCUCUCCCCCUCAUACAAGUGACAUGGCCGCCCGGAGUUUGGAUGUCACCGAAAGUGGUCCCCACAGAUUACACAGCAUUACAAAAACACGUCAACUCGCUAUAUAGUUUUGCAAUUAUAGCAAAUAUAUAAUCCCUUUGUUGAAAAGAGGUCCUUCUAAAAUGUGAGGCUGGCAGGUUGUUCCAGUACCAAGUCAUAUAGUGUUCAAAUAGAUGUCAUAGUGAGGCUUUAUGAAGAGUUUUAAUGUUUACUUUAACUUUGGAAUUGAUUAGUGUGUGAGUGAGUGUUUUAUGUCUUUUAUCUCAUUUUAGAGUUUUUUUGUAUUAUUUUUUGGAUACUUGUAUCUACAGACAGUUACCAUGUUUUUUGCAUAUGGAAAUGUACUAGUUUGU